GGGGUGAGUAGAGUAGUGGGUUGAUCAUGACAUGAGAUGAUCAGAUUGUGGGCUGCUAAGAUCAUGAGAGGUGGGUUAUGGGCCGGGUUUGAUUCGAUUGACUCAUCGUGUCAUAUAGUUUAAUUGUAGAAGGGCAGUAGUAUCUUCCUAAGCUAAUUACGUAUAAUGACAACAAACGUUCCAGUGUCGACGUAUUCCUUUCGGGUCGUCUAGAUAUGCAGUGCUACGUACUUUGAGUUUUACUACUAUCUAGCCAAUCGAUCUGUUGGAUUCUCGAUUACUUGUAAGUUGUAAGUGUCAGCUAACAAAAGCAAAUAGAAACGAAGUAAAUGAUGUGCUCAAAGGUUGAGAAGACACACUUGGGAUGAGAAUCCCCUUAGCUCUAGGUAUGAAUCCAAUUUGCAAUGAAACCUAUAAUGUACUCACACUAAUAUGGAAUGAUGCCAAGGGAUCUAAUUCUAGUAAUUGAAUCAAUGACCUUGCAUCCAAAUUUCUUUUUUAGUAUAUAAUUAAUUGAAUUAAUCGUCAAGCAUCCAAUCAACCACUUAAAGCUCUAAUCCCUGGAGUCCUUUAGUGGGUUGUACCCCAAACAAGUGAAAUCAACAACUUUUUGGUCAAGCAAUUGUAAAUUUUCAUCAACUUAUGUGUGCUCGCCUUUACGACUUUACCUGUGCAAAAGGUCGAAGGUUUAGUGUAAUUCUCACUGUUUCAAAGGGUGCGAUUUGCACUCAAAUUGUGAGAUUCACGGUUCCAACAACACACUUGCACUUCGAGGGCAUUUUCAAAUCUCACGGUUUAACCGUGACUUUUGAUCUAGGGGCGAUUUGCAGGGACAGAGCCAGCGUUGGGGGAGGAGGGGCCAUGCCCCCCCCCCCCCCCCCAAAGUUUCUAGGAGUUUAGAUUCGAUAGGGGUCAUAGCAACUUUCAAGCAAAAAUCUUUUUGUAGCCUAGUGGAGUUUGCUCUGCUAUCUAUUUAUUAUUGCCUUAAAGAGGAGAGGUCCAUGGUUCAUUCCAUAUCAUAAUAUUUUUUCUUCUUUUAGUUCAUUUUGGAAUUAUAUACAAUCUCACCAACAGAAGUUAAACAAUCUUAUUUUCAUUUCAUUUUUUCUUCUUUUAGUUCAUUUUGGAAUUAUAUACAAUCUCGCCAACAGAAGUUAAACAAUCUUAUUUUCAUUUCAUUUUUUCUUCUUUUAGUUCAUUUUGGAAUUAUAUACAAUCUCAAAAACAGAAGUUAAACAAUCUUAAUUUAAUUUCUUUUAACUUCUGUUAUAGCUAAUUUCUCUCGAAGUAUAUAUGUGUACUUUUUAUUUAGUCAUUUUACCUUGUUGUUGAUAACUUUUGUUGAAUUAUAUAUGUAUUUUAUUAUCAUUUAAAAGGAGCAUUUAACAUUAUCGUUUGUGAAAAUUUGAUUUCAAUUUUAAUGUUGUUAACUUAUUGUUUGAAAUAUAUAUGCAUACUCUUGAAAUUUAUCACUAUACCAUCAGUCUCUGAAAAGUCGCUUUCAAAACUUAAUUUGAAAUUUUAUUUUCAACUUAAAUACCAAAAGAAUGUGUAAUUUCUUCAACAAAUUAGAGGUAGUCAUUUGUAUUAUAAUACUUUGUAAAAUCAUAUGUUAUUUCUACAGUGAAACUUUGUAUUAACCUUGUUGUAUGAACUAAAUUUCUUCAAUUAAUUCUAAUUUCUUGGGUGAUUUUUCAAGAAUCUACGGAGAUAUUUUCAUUAUUUUUCAGUUGAAAAUUCGAUUUCAGUUUUAAAGUUGUUAACUUAUUGUUUGAAAUAUAUAUGCAUACUCUUGAAAUUUAUCACUAUAUCAUUAGUCUCUGAAAAGUUGCUUUCAAAACUUAAUUUGAAAUUUUAUUUUCAACUUAAAUACCAAAAGAAUGUGUAAUUUCUUCAACAAAUUAGAGGUAGUCAUUUGUAUUAUAAUACUUUUUAAAAUCAUAUGUUAUUUCUACCGUGAAACUUUGUAUUAACCUUGUUGUAUGAACUAAAUUUCUUCAAAUAAUUCUAAUUUCUUGGGUGAUUUUUCAAAAAUCUACGGAGAUAUUUUCAUUACUUUUUUUAACGCCCCCCCCCCCCCCCCCCCCCCCUUAAAUCCUGGCUCCAUCCCUGGCGAUUUGGGACAUUCCAAGGGACAAAACAACGUGUUUAGGCCGAUCUCACGACUUUUGUCAAUGUCACGGCCGUGACCUUUGACAGUGAACUCUGCAAACUGUAAAUGACAUAGAAGGGUUGCUAAUAUGCAGUUUUGUUGUAGUGUGAAUGUGAUAUAUACUUUCUAAUAGAGAAAACAUAUUGAUUGUGUGAUAUUAAAAUAUUAAGUUAGUUUCCAUAGAAAAAAUUAAUUUAGGAAAAAUAUGGGGUAUUUGAUUCAUAUAUUCAUACGUGGAUUUUUCCUUACAAAAUGAAUAUCAAUAGAUGUCCAACGUAAAAUGAAAAAUAUAGUCAAGAAAAUAUUAAAAAAAAUAAAUUUAAUUGUCAUCUAUUUGAUAAGGAUCUUAGAUGGUAUAAACGACAGAGAAGGGUGUUAGUGAGCCAGAUACCGGUUCAUUCUCAUGACGUUUACUUGCAAAGAAAGUAUUGGAGACGACGAGAAUUUUAAUAUAGCCUUUGAAUGAAUAAACGAAUGCAUUGAUUCCUUCUUCUCUUUGAUUGGAGGUCCAAGGAUGUGAAUUUAUGUCAUCCAUGAAGUCACUGUGUGUCUAAUUAAUUAUUAAUUAGGCGAUUCUUCAUAAUGAAUAAUUGCUUGCCAAGGAAGUAAGACACCCUUUUAAAAUUAUUAGUUAAUAAAAAAUAACUAGGGAUCUAAUUUGAUACUAUCUCGGGUCACAGAUACGUUGCAUAACUCUAUGUUGCAUAAGUCAUAAUCUUGCAUAACUAAAUUUGGACUUUUCAUUUUAAGUGGACUCCUUAUGUAAAUGGUGGGAAUUAAUGACUUUUUAUUUUUUUUUAAUUUUCUUAAUUAACUCUUAUCCUCUUCAUUUUAACUUAUUUUUCAAAAUUUCUAUAAAAGAAAUUUGAGAUCGGAUAUCUUGGUCUCACCUCUUUUGUAUUCGGUAUUGAGCCGUUGAGAGAUCAUUCUCAAUGUAAACUCAAAUUCAAAAGAAUUAUAUCGAUAAGGUUUGAGUAGACUUCACAUGAAAGGUUCAAAAUCAAGAGAAGUGUUGUAGCUAAAGGAGAUAGUUCAAUCUCAACCAGUUUAGUUAAUUCUCAUAUCGAUAUAGAAUUUAUGGUUAAGAGUAUUUGACAUGUAUUUUGAGUGAUUUUGCAUGAAACACUAUAAAGAUUCAAACGUGUAAUGCCUUUAUUAAAGAUGAUAAAAGAAUACAAGCAAACUUAUUUGAGAUCAGAUAAUUUAGAGAUCAUCAAGUACUCUGACUCUAAUGUUGUAGGAUGUCAAUGCUACAUGAACUCUACAUUAGAAUACAAUUUGUGUUAGGUAGAGUUGAUAGCUUGUUAUGAGGCUUCCAUUUAUGUUCUUUCUUGAGAUUUUGUCACUCGUAUGACAAUGACAAGUCAUUAAAGAUUAACAUUGAAAAUGUUUUGAUAGUGGUACACUAUCUUUACCUUAGAAAUUCAGAAGUCAAAAGUUAUUGACAUAAAACUCCGUAUGGUUAAAGAUAAGCUCCAAAAUAGACAUGUUUCUAUUGAACAUUAAGGACAUGACUAAUGCUAGCUUACCAUUAGCCAGAGGUUUGACACAUAAAGUUUUUCAAGAGCACAUCGCUCACAUGAGUGUUAUUCUGGAUAAUACCUUGGUUUAGUGGGAGUCAUUUAUGAAUGUUCAAUAGAUUAUUACUAAAUCAAUUUCUGCAUAAUAAGGUGAUAUCUUUUUGAAGUCUAUUUUGGAAUUUAAAGUGCCUUCAGGUAUACAGUGGUCACAUUGUAUGAAGGAAUUUAAGUUGAUCUCGUUAAGGACUGAAGUUGGACCAGUUGAAAAUAGGCAUGUUCAAGAUCAUAUUGCAUGUAAUUUUCAUGUCACUCAUCCAUAUUUGAUCUAUAUCAUUGAGUAUAUUAGUAUGGUGAUCAUGGUGGCUUAAUAAUUAUCAUAUCGUGAUUAAAGCCGCGUCGCGUUGGUUCCAUAAUUGAUACAUGAGGUGGACCAGAUUGUCAAGGAGUAAUCGUUGUACAAAUAGCAUACGGUUGCGCGCCUAAAGAAUUUUUUCAUAUAAAUGUUUCAAGAAAAAAAUAUGCAGGCCAAGUGGGAGAUUGUUAGAAAAUUUUAUUCCUAAUUGUAAUUGUGGGCCACAUAUUUUAUAUAUAUACAAUUAUAUGUUAGUUAUUUGGUUAUUAGGUAAUUGUAAGUGAUCCAAAUAAGGAAUCCAAGACUAAUGAAACUCAAUAUGGGCCCAAUGAGUGAAACUCAAUACUUGCUUACUAAGGUUUUAUGGGAGCCUUGGUAAACUAAAACUAGUAUAUAAGGAGACUUAAAGGUUAUGGUCCCCAACACACUAAGAAGCUAACACAUUCUCAUUUUCUCCCCUUCAGGAAGAUGAGUAGCUCUCUCCUAGAGGAACUGAGACGGCUUGGUUGAGAAAGGCUGCAAAACAUCUGAGAUUAUGCAUGCUCUUGAAGGUAUCGCACGGUUAAAUAUCGUUCUACAUGUUCUACACCAAGUUCUCGACGAUCUAUCAUCAUGAAUCCAGGUAUUCCUACCAAUAACUUUUGAUAAUUUGACGGGAGAUGCAUUUCGAGGAAUUGCAUAUCUUAUGUUUAAUUCUUUCACCUAAAUCCUACAAAAUGUACCGUUGCAUGAUCUGUAAUUGAUGCAAGGAUGUUAAUGAAAAUGAGAACGAGUACGGCUUCGAGAAUGCUCUGGUCAUUAGCAUUGCAGCAUCCAACUGGAAGUGGAAGGUGGAGGAUGUGGGACCCUAUAUGGUGGAUCUAUGGAAGUAAGACUAGCUGUGGCCAAAUUGAUUUGAGAAUUUUGGGAAGAGAUUUGGAUUCAAAGUUUUAAGGGUUUGAAGAAACCAGCUGCAGCUCUUUGAACAUAACUAGCAGCAAGUCAACAAAACUGUUGAAGCUUAAUUAAGGUGAUGUACAAUGAGCAGGAAUCACAUGAGGCGGAGUUAAGGAUCGGACGAGGUUACAACUGAAGUUGGUUGAUACAAGGUACGUACAAGGAUCGUUUGUUCAGGAAGAAAAGAUGAUACUAGUGGGAGCUUAAGAAGUUAGGUGUGGCAUAUAUGAGAAGAAGAUAGCUCAAGAGUUGGGAAGCUAAUUGGGAAGUUUGUACCACAUCGGUUGUUGGAGAAAAUUUUACUGCUCAACUUAAUUAUAAAAGGUUGGUGGGAGUUUGAUAGCCAAAAUGGGGAAGAUUCGAAUAUAUUUAUCCCUUUAUAUUGGGGUGGGUAACUGAUGGCUCGGUAAUUGCACAUGUUUUCCCCUUUGUUUCUUGAUUGUUUGAGCUUGAAUUAUCGUGUCUUUGGCCUAUUUUACGCUAGGUUGUGUUCUUUUGUCACAUUUCAGGUCCUAGCACAUAAAGUGAAGCAUAGGCGCAAGUUUCAAAUCAAUCAGAGAUCAAUUGACGAUUCGGGAGAAGAAACUCGGGCAUGACCUGAAGAAGAAUGGAUUUCUACCUUACUUUAUGGACAAAUAAUCAUGCAAGCUUGUUAUGAAAAGAAAGAGGACGAGACUACGAGCGUCUGGGAUCAAACGGGGACUGAUUCGGAGUCCGGACGAAGGAGAAACGAAGCAUUAAAUAGAGGCUGAGCAAGCCACACAGCCGUGUGGCCUGGCCGUGUGAGUCGGGAAUUGCUGUUUAAAACCCGAUUUUCAGCAAAAGGAAAGGGAGAGAGCUGGGUUUUGGAUCCCAAACACCCAAGGGACGAACCCUAGAGAGAGAGAGCGACUUGGGAACAUUCUUGGAGCUAUUUUGGAGGAUUUCUUCGCCAUUGGAGCUCGGGAAUCAAGCUUGGAGAUGGAGAUUGAAGAUCUAGAUCAGAUUUCUGCAGUCUCUCUCUUCUCUAUGGAGUAACUUCCCUUCACUUAGGUUUUGAGGAACCUUAGUUCCAUGAGUUAGGAUCUUUCUUGUAUGAAGUUUUGGAUGCUAUAUUGUUUGAUUAUAAUCGAAUGAUGCAUGUUUAUUGAGUCAAUUGAAGUCUGAUCAACUUUUCCUGAUUUCUGCUGCAACCUGAGAUAGAUAGAAUCUGAUUAGGUUGUUAGAGCCUCAUCAUUCGGUAGUAGGAGAUUGGCUAUACGAGAGUUAGCCAGUUUACUGCUUUGUACUGGAAUCUAAUUCUAGUAGUGGAGUUCUGUUCUUACUGCUUCAGCUUUCUAUCCCGGUGAAGACUAGUCGUCUGCCGGAUAGUCAGACUGAGAGGGCUUGGUCAGGUUAAGAGAUUCCAAUCUACUGUCGGAUCUUUCGCAGUUUAAUCAACAGUAAAACAACCAAAAGGAAUUACAACCUGGACCUAAUUGAGGAGCUAGGGGGAAUCAUACCUAAGUGAGUUCCCAAACUGUAAUUAGUAGUUUUACUUAUUUUAGUUAGUAGAGUAGUUUAGUUAAUCAAUCCUUAAUCUAGUUUGCUAGAUAAUGAACUGGAGCUGAGUAAUAGUAACUCUAGAGACCCGUGGCUUCGAUAUUUAUUACUUGUGCCACUAUACUGCAGUCCCUUUCAUUGGUUACACUUGGCCAUUGUUAGGUGUUGUGUUUUAGAGCAUCAAGUUUUUGGCGCCGUUGCCGGGGACUUUCUAGAGUAUUAGGAAAGGCAGAAGUUUGUUACUUUAGCGUUUUUCUUUUCUUUUCUUUUCCACCCUUGCUUUUCACUUGGGUGUUUUUGUUUUUGUUGGUGCAGAUCUGAAUCAUGGAUCCUAAUGGCUUCUCCAAUCAUUGGGGGUAUCCACCACCAUCCGGGUGGUAUUACCCCGCGACUCCCUACAGCAAUCAAGGAGGAGAAGACUAUGGAUUCGGGUUCCAGUACCAACCCCCUUACUACGGAGAACAAUCAGACCCCUGGGCAUAUCAAGAACAACCUCAUUACCAAGAAGACUUUCUCCCACAACCAGAAGGGCCAUCGGAGCUGGAGUUACCCAUGGCGGCCUUCACGGGCCACUCUGCAGAGCCAUGCUACACUUCAGUGGAGGAUCCGAACGAACAAUUAAGGCUUCUCGUGGAGCAGGUUGCUCGAGACACUGAGAAAUCAUGCUCCAAGAUGGAUCUUCAAAUCAAAGCCCUUGCCACUUCCGAUCCCUCAUUUCUCCAUGAUAUGGAGGAGACUGUUCAGCGCUCAGCGAAGCAAACAGAGUGGGUGAAGCAAGUUUGCUCACAUCUUGCUCAAGAUCACCUUUCUGCUACCACGCUAGAAGAGGUGGAGGAUGACAAAGUAUAUGGGAGCGGCUACACCUUUCCUCAUUUAUGCUCUAACAUGCUGGGCCCGUGUGAGGAGAUGCAAGAUGAUCCCAUUGAAGAAAUUGCUUGGCGACUUGCUCUCCAAUCUGUUCUAGAAGAAGAAGAGCGAGCAAGGAUGAGGAAGGAAGUUGUGGAUGAUGAGGAAGAAAGAAAAGAAGAGGUGGUUCUUAAUCUUUUCCCAGGGGAGAGACCACAUUUUGAAGAAGGAAGGGGGGUUGAGGAAGCAAUUGGCGUCCAGGCUGAGGACGGAGUUAAGGUGGAAGAGGCCUGCACCGGCCAUGAGUCGCAAGUAAUAUCCCCACCAAACUUUGAGGAACUGCUUAGCAAGGACCCAUUUGCAGUGCCUCUUUGCCAGACCAAGGCCACAUCAACAUCGGUCCCUCUUGGUGGACGCGAUGGUGGCCAAUCGAUGCUGUCAUAUCUGGUUUGGGGCAAUGGGACGAGAGAAGAGAAGAAGAGGUCUCGAGGAUGGAGACUUCAUCUGCAUCAAGUGCACGAGCUUCCAUCACCAGUCAUACCACAUGCUCGUGACUUGUGACUCCACCUCAUUGACGAGAACCUCAACUUCAAGGAGGUUCUAGAGUGGACCGAAACUUAGGAUCUAUCGUCCGGCUCACGACGUGAAAGAAGCGCUUGUUGGGAGGCAACCCAACCAGUCGGUUUGCAUUUCUUUCUCUAUUUCUCCUCGGUUGAGUCAGUUUUGUUAUUUGAUUUUAGAGUCAAUAACUCAACCUUUGUGAGACUUUGUGUGGUGUUUGUGUUCUGAUUACUCUCUCUUCCUGGAAUGCACUGCCUGACCCGUACAUCAUCAUUCACCCUUGAUCUGGUAACUUCGUUCUACCCUCCUUAUCUUUCCUCCAUUGAGGACAAUGUCGUGCUUAAGUGUGGGGGGGUGUUCGAUUAUGUAUGCGGGUGAAUGUUUGGCUGUUUGUGUGCUUGGAGCCUAGUCCACUGUCCAAAUUUUUAAAUUUGAGGGCUCCAAGUACGUGUUUCCUUGCAAAUUGCCUGCUCAGUAUGCUUUGAAUUGACAGUCUCUAUAGUAAUGUGCAACCUAGGGAGGUAGUAUAGCACUAUGGAGGAUGUUGAAGUAUAAGAUUUUUCCUAUCUAGCUCUCUGUUGUGCCAGUUGAUUUUGUGAAUUAGUGGAGCUAAGACCGUUGAAUUCAGGUGGUAAUGGUGACUCUGUUUGGAUUAUGUUAUGGACUCGUGUAUCGAACAGGGUGCUCAUAUGGAAAAUGGGAAGCAGUUGGUCCUCCAUGUCAAAAUCAUUAGAUCUUAAACAUGGGGUAAGCCCAACGUGUGCGGCACCGUUCAUUGCACAAAAUCGGGUUUUGGAAGAGAUUUUAGUGAUCCUUAGUGGGGUACUCCUACAAGGUGAAGCUAAGUUGUCUCUAGUACAAGUAAAACUUCCACCCGUUGAACGGUUUGCCUACUUGAGGAUGUGUUUUUAAGGGCACGGAUAGAGCUUCCGACCCCCCUUAAUUUCAUUGACCCUCCACACGAGUUGAGGAAAAGGAGUUAAAAGAAGUACUCUGGCGAGCUCCAGAUGUAUAGAAAUUGCUCUUGCUCGACUAAUAAGGGUCGACCGUGCAAAAGACUGCAGUUGGAACCCCACCAAAUGAAAGAAAAAUUGUAAAUGAAAGUGAGAAAAAGGGGUUCCAACGGUGAAAUGAAGUGAAAGAGCACCCCGGUACAACGAAUCCUUGGUUGUGAAUGGUGUGAGUCCCUUUAUCCAUGAACUGACUGUCUUACUUCUACUUUUUCUCAUGAUCCUGGUUUGAGUCUAGUACUCGCAUUGAGAGAGAUAGGGAACGUCUUAGAAGACCAGUUGACCUCGUAAGCUGCUAUAUGAUCUAGGAAAUCCUCUACCGACGAUCGGGGUUGUAUGUUGCUAUAGAGCUCUGGAGAGCUGCAUUGGUUUGAUUUAGGUUUGCUUGGGGACAAGCAAACAGUUAAGUGUGGGGGGAUUUGAUGACUCGGUAAUUGCACAUGUUUUCCCCUUUGUUUCUUGAUUGCUUGAGCUUGAAUUAUCGUGUCUUUGGCCUAUUUUACGCUAGGUUGUGUUCCUUUGUCACAUUUCAGGUCCUAGAACAUAAAGUGAAGCAUAGGCGCAAGUUUCAAAUCAAUCAGAGAUCAAUUGACGAUUCGGGAGAAGAAACUCGGGCAUGACCU